AUGCAGUCCAGGCAGCGAGCUAACGCCGCUUUGGUUGCAGCGUGCGGCGUACCGAACCGGCGCCAGCGUAUCGUGGGCGGCAACGUGACGCGCGUCAACGAGUUCCCGUGGGUGGCGGCGCUGAGCCGGCGCGGCAAGUUCUACUGCGGCGGCACGCUCAUCUCCAGGCACCACGUCCUCACCGCCGCGCACUGCGUAGACGGGCUGCGGUCUCAGGACAUCCUGGUGACGCUGGGCGAGCACGACCGCGGCGUGCAGAACGAGAGCGCCAGCCUGGAGCGCGGCGUCGCCGACUGGCAGCGGCACGACAACUUCUCCAUCUUCACCUUCAACCACGACAUCGCGCUCAUCCGCCUCGACAAGCCCGUCGACUUCGGCACCAGCGUGCGCCCGGCCUGUCUCCCCGUAGACAACACGGCGGACUACACGGACCGCGUGGCCAUAGUGACCGGUUGGGGCCGCGUGGAGGAGCGCAAGCCGACGUCGGCGACGCUGCGCAAAGUGGCGGUGCCAAUCAUGUCCAUGGAGAAGUGCCGGCGCGCCGGCUACCCCAGCGAGCGCAUCACCGACAACAUGAUCUGCGCCGGCUACCCGCAGGGCAAGCGCGACGCCUGCCAGGGUGACAGCGGCGGCCCGCUCCAUGUGGACAACAAAAAUGGAAGCAUGGAAGUAAUCGGCAUUGUGUCGUGGGGUCGCGGGUGCGCGCGUCCCAACUACCCGGGCAUCUACACACGGGUGGCCAACUACCUGCCGUGGCUGCACCAGCGCCUCGCCGGGGACUGCCUCUGCGCGCCGCCUUAG